AUGGUGCACUUCUGGGAACGCGCGUGGGCACCACCGCUCAGCCCGGUCUGCCUGAAUCCGCAUCGCUUGUCCAUUGCUGUCGAGCCUAUCAGUGUACUAGAGAAGAUAGAUUACGUAGAAAUCACAAACUUUACAGAGAUUGACGGUGUCAUUUACUACUGCAUCGAUGUCUACCUGAAGUACCAUAUGAAUCGCAUUCCGACCAACAAGCGGUUGGUAGCUUCACGACGAGACCGACCUGACUACACUAUCCGUAAACGCUUUGACGACUUUGCUAACCUGCGCUAUAAAAUAUGGAGCUACGCGCAGCGGCAACACUUUGGCGGGACUUUGUGCAAAUACUGUAGCACGAACAUGGACGUCCUUUUGACGAGUUUUUCGCAACCGAGGCUGUUUGUUAAGUUAUUUGUCAAAGGAAAGAAAAUUCGCAGUUGGCUGCUUACGAAGUGCAUUAACCAGUAUAUCGAGAUGGCUAUUGGAAAGAAGGAAGCGCGGCAGAGGAGCUACACGUGUGAUGGCUACAAGAUGAUUCCUUCUCUCGUCGAGCGGUUUAUGCGCGAUGAUGCAUGA